GUGCCGCUGCUAUGGAGGCGCCUCUCAGCAGUCCACCUGGGCUGUCCACUGUCCUGGCAAGGACGGACUGGUCCGAGCCCUGGCUGGUGGGUCUGGCGGUUUUCCACGUCCUGUGCUUCCUGCUGACGUGCGCCUCUUUCCAGCACUACCGGGUGCAAAUAGGGCACUUUCUCUGCAUGGUGGGCUUAGUGUACUGCGCUGAAUAUAUAAAUGAGUUAGCAGCCAUGAAUUGGAGGCUGUUUUCUAAAUACCAAUACUUUGACUCAGGAGGAAUGUUUAUUUCACUUGUAUUUUCAGCACCACUGCUGGUGAAUACUAUUAUAAUUGUGGUCACCUGGGUUUACAAAACUUUGAAUGUAAUGACUGAACUGAAGACCCUACAACAGAGAAUGAAAGCAGAAAAAGAGAAAAAGAAGUGAAAGCACCUAACGCUAUUUUAAUUCUUAUUCUGCUGGUCUAGAUAAUCAGUCCUUCUGUAUGUUUAUCCAGAAACAGCAGUAUUUUUGUGUCUAAUGACAAGAAGACUUUGUAACCUGUGACAGUGGACAAUGAGGUGAAAUCAGGCAUCUACUGCACGUAUUCGAAAUAGUUGUGAAAUGGAGAAACCCAGUUUUAGGAGGUCUUUGUGCCCUUCUGUGGAAGAUAGUUUUCCACCAUGACCAAGGCUAUUAGCAUUGGUGAGGCAGUCUUCCAGUCUGUUUCUGUUUGCCUAACUAUUCCUAAACUGUUUGAACUUUGUGCUUAUCAAAGUAUCCAGUCUUCUGCUGCUUAAGCCAAUUGGAGCAGUGUUGUGAAUUCCAGUAAAUGAGGGAUUGUAUUCAGAAUACCUCAGGAAUCCAUGCUUCUGUGAAGCAUUUAACUUCUUUAUACAGCAAGUUUCAUACCAUAUAUUGUGUGCCAGUAGCAUUUUAUAAAUAAAAUAAUCCACUGUAAGUUAAA